ACCCCCAUGUACUUCUUCCUCCUCAACCUCUCCCUCCUGGACCUAGGCUGCAUCUUCACCACUGUCCCCAAAUCCAUGGCCAAUUCCCUCUGGAACACCAGGGACAUUUCCUUCACAGGAUGUGCUGCACAGGUCUUUUUCUUUCUCUUUUUCUUUUCAGCAGAGUAUUCUCUUCUCACCAUCAUGUCCUAUGACCGCUACGUGGCCAUCUGCAAGCCCCUGCACUACGGGACCCUCCUGGGCAGCAGAGCUUGUGCCCACAUGGCAGCAGCUGCCUGGGGCACUGGGUUUCUCACUGCUCUGCUGCACACAGCCAAUACAUUUUCACUACCCCUCUGCCAAGGCAAUGCUGUGGAGCAGUUCUUCUGUGAACUCCCCCAGAUCCUCAAGCUCUCCUGCUCACACUCCUACCUCAGGGAAGUUGGGCUGCUUGUGGUUGGUUUUGCUUUAGCAUUCGGAUGUUUUGUUUUCAUUGUGGGGUCCUAUGUGCAGAUCUUCAGGGCUGUGCUGAGGAUCCCCUCUGUGCAGGGACGCCACAAAGCCUUUUCCACGUGCCUCCCUCACCUGGCCGUGGUCUCCCUGCUUGUCUGCACUGGAGCAUUUGCCUAUCUGAAGCCCCCCUCCACCUCCUCCCCAUCCCUGGACCUGGCAGUGGCAGUGCUGUACUCGGUGGUGCCUCCAGCAAUGAACCCCCUCGUCUACAGCCUGAGGAACCAGGAGCUCAGGGAUGCUGUGAUGAAGCUGGUGACUGGAUGUCUUUCAGCAGCCAUAGACUGCCUGCUUUCCUCUGCAAAGGACUCCCAGUGUAGGUCAUGACAGGCCAAGUCUGUCUUUCCCGCUUUACAUUUGUUUUCUUUUUUCCACUUGUGAUGUUGUCUUCAUAGAAAUGUCAAUUUUCAUCCCCUUCUACUUCAAUAUCUGCCUCUCUUGUAUGACCCGCAGACUUUCUGUCAAUGGGAGUCUCAGAAUGUAUUUAAGCAAAAUAAAUGAUUCUGUAGCAACUUCUUCUCUGUGAUAUGUCCUCUCUGCUCCAGCUCCAGCUCUGGGAUGGCUGCUCUGUGCCUGGAGCAGGAAGAGCUCUUGAGGAGCCCAAGGGCCGGGGCUGUUGUGCUGGUGUGGGGAGAUGGGAUGG